AUGGCACAAGUCAACAUCUUGGCCUACACAGCCCUGCGCUGGUUCUUUGAAUUUUGUAUCAGCUUAUUCUACGCAAAUGUGAGCGUCAAAGGAACUGAAAACAUUCCAAAGAAGGUUCCAGUUAUUUUUACUGUUAAUCAUUACAAUGGUCUUGUGGAUGGUGUUAUCAUUUAUUCACAAGUGAGUAAGAGAAUUGUGAGGAGUGUUGCAAAAGCAGAGCUAUUUAAAUUACCUUUAUUAGGAACUUUCCUUAAAUUAUUAGGAACAAUUCCAGUAGUUCGUCAACAAGACAUCACCAAAGAUGAAGAGGAGCAAAGAAGACUAUCCAAUCAAGCAGCAAUAAAUGCAAUGGCUGAAGUAUUGAAAGCAAAUGACUGCCUUGUGAUAUUUCCAGAGGGAACUAGUCACAAUAAUUCUACCUUGACAAAGAUUAAAACAGGAUUUGCAAGAGCAGCAUUGCAAGCUCUUGAUUCUGAUGAACAUAUUUCAAAAGUCGUUGUAGUACCUGUAGGGUUGAAUUAUGAUUCAAAGAAUGAGUUUAGAUCUGACGUAUUUAUUCAAUUCGGAAGACAAAUUAUCAUUGACCGAUCUCAUUUGUCCGAGUUUAAAAAAGACAGCACAAAAUUAUUGGAUAAUUUAGCUGAUGUGGUUAGAAAAGGAAUGCAACAUGUGACUGUAGUUGCAAAUGAUCCUGAAACCAUUUCUGCUGCACACAUUGCAAGAUCAUUAGUGAGAAAAAGGUCCAAUCCAUUGUCACAAGAAGAAUAUAUCUUUCUGACUCAAAAAUUUAUUGAUGUGUUUGAAAAACAAGAAGAUGCCAAACAAGUGUUUGCUACUUUAAAACAGUUAAGCUCACACAUGAGAUUGUUAAACAUGAAAUACUCAGAACUUUCAAUGAGAUACUUUUUUAUUAGAAAAUUGUUGACACUACUUGUCACAUUACCAGUGACACUUCCUGGGUCAAUUUACCAUUUACCAGUUGGACUUGUGAGCAGCUAUUUCGGAAAGAAGAUUUCACAAGGAUAUAGAGAUCAAGAAGCUCACUACAUUCUUAUGAUGAUGAUUUUCCUUUUACCGUUGUAUUAUAUAUUCACAGCAAUCAUCCUCACCAUUAUGUUUAGCUUCAAAUUUGCUCUCAUUUGUGCUCUCUUAUUGGCUGUGAGUGGAGUGAUUGCAGUUCAUUUACGACCAGUCGGUUACACUAUUCAUUUGUUCAAAUCUUUUGCAAAGUUAAUACUUGUGAAUCGAGAAGAAUUAUUAAGAAUUCAAAAACAGCUGAGAGCUGACCUCCCCCCACUCAUUUCCAAGCACAUGAAAGAAGUUCUUUCUAGAGGCAUUUUGGAUGAAGAAAUUGAGAGUCGUUGCCAAGGUUAUCUCAAGCAGCAAUAA